GAUUUCAUAGGGUUUCUUUAAGGGAAAUUUGCAUACUCAGCCUUUAAUACACAUGGGCUAUUACAGCCUGGUUCUUUGUUAAACCAGGUCAGCUAAAGUAUCCAAGAGCUGGAAUCUGCGGCAUAAACACAAAGAAGAAGCAGCUGCAUCUGUUCUCUCAAUACUGUGUGAAAAUGCUACAAAACAGAUAAAACCAUAUCAGACAUCAAGGCCACAUUCUCCCAGUGUUAUAACAAAAAGCGUUUGCUUACUCAGUGCCACACACUCACAGCCAUGGUGUCCUCACUCCUUAUCCUGGUCCUGAUCCAGGCCUGUAGGCCAGAAGAGCUGCCCAGGGAGGAGAUAUUGUCCUGGUUCAGUACACGGAUUUUGGAGGGACUCAGGCUGGACCAGCCUCCUCUGACCCACCAGAAGGUUCAAAACUGGGCUGUGUUACAGCACGACGGGGCCCGGCAUGAGCAUGAGAGGGCCCUUGGGUCUAGCAGGGAGACACAGGACAUGGGUCAAAACACUGGGCUACAACAGGAAACUACUCAGAUUAUUCUCUUUCCAAGUUCUGACUCCUCUUGUGCCACAUCUGACUCAUCCCCUGGAGAGAAAACUGAAGGCUACCUCAAGUACCAUUUCCAGCCUUCAAUAGGUGACAAGGAGACCCUCACAUCUGCAGAGUUCUGGUUGCACACAGGUCAAGAAGACACAGCCAACAUUUCUCUUUUUAUCCUCACUUCAAAGCAGCAGCAGCAGCAGCAUCUUCAAGCAGCCGAGGCUCCAUCCAGAAGGAGCUCAGAUGGAUGGACCACAUAUAACUUAAGGGCAAUAGCGCUGGACCUUGUUGCCCAAGGUCCAUUUCAGCUCCAGGUCCAUUGUCCAAGAUGUCUGUGCAACAUUAAGGAACCAGACAAGACGGCCUUUUUGGACCUCCACACCCGACCUCGGUCAGCCAGAUUGCGCCGUCAUGCUCCACUCAUCAUCCCCUGGUCUCCUUUUGCCAUUAACCUGCUACAGCGGCCUUCACGAGAGAAGCCAGAGCAGACCGACUGCCAGCGGGCCCAGGUGGAUGUCAGCUUUCAGGAGCUGGGCUGGGACAAUUGGAUUGUCUAUCCCCCAUCAUUAACCUUCUUUUAUUGUCAUGGAAACUGCUCGGCAAGCGACCGGACCCUGGCAGGGCUGGGGGUCACUCAGUGCUGCGCACCGUUGCCUGGUAGCAUGAGGUCACUGAGGGUCACCACAACAUCUGAUGGUGGACACUCCUUCAAGUACGAAACCCUGCCCAACAUAAUCCCUGAAGAGUGUAUCUGUAUCUGAGUGGCACAGAAAACUGGAUGCACUUCUUUAUAGUUGCAUUAGUAAGGUUGCUUCUAUACAUUGCAUUGUGGGAAAACUUGUCUAAUUGUAUCAAUGUCACCGGAGACUAUAUUUGUCGUUUUAGUUUGAAUCAUUUGUUUUAGUUAUCCGUUGUUAGAAUAAGCUUUGUUGAACCUUUGUAGUUAUCACCUAUAGAGGGCAGUGCAGGAUCAUACUUUGUUUUCCUCAUUCUGAUUCUGUAGCAUGCAUAUAUUAAAAACAAAAACGUUCUUUAAAAAGUAUAACAACCCGCAUGUUUUUUUCUUCAUUAACAUAGAGGGUUAAUUUACUGUCAACUUCCAAUUGUUAAAAGAAAAUGCUUUGACAGACAAGACAUGCAAACAUUUGGCAGAACUACAUGGAAUAGCCGACCAUAAUAACUGAAAAUAUAUAUAUAUAUAUUUUUUCCACAAGAGCUAAGAGUUAGUCAGAAAGGUUGUGAUCCAGUAGUAAGUAAACUACAGAAUUAGCCAAGGUCCGCUGAAUGUAAACAAACAGGUGGGCACCAUGCAGUAGAUGAUAGACAAGAAACUAAUAAAAAUUGUGGCAGAAAUAUUGAAUCACUGGAAUUUUUAUUACAGUUAAGCCUAACGAAAAGAAAUAGAAACUUAAGUUUUAAAAUUAAAAACUGUUAAUAGAAGAUCGAAACAGAUAGACAGCUUUUUGGUAACAGCAAGUUACUAAAAAAGGUCAACUUCCAUCCCCACAAACUGGCCAUUUUAUUUAAAAAUAAUUCAUAGACAAGAUAUUGUUCAAAUAUAUUUAUUUACUCUGAGGACAAAAUAUUCUCUACAGUUACAAAAACUACAAAACUUGCAAUAGAAACAAAACAAAAGUAUAAACCACUGCAGUACCGUGUUGGCGGUGAAUGGCCGUACCCCGAAACAACAAAGUGGCAGAAAUGAAGUGAGAUGAUUACAUGAGCAAAAACAUAAUCAAACAGAUCCUUUGGCUUUUCAGCCACAGAUGAUAAAAAGAAAUCAUGACUGACAGGCGAUGAAACAAAACAAGAUACUGAUCAAAAGUCUGCGGAUGAAAGUGGAAGAGCCCGUGUGUUUAGGCGUCACUGGGCUGUGUGUCUGUCAAAGAAACAGCAGCCACGGAAAAUGUGUCUCAGCGAAGAAGAAUGUAAAUGUCAAAAAGUUUUUCUUUGCUGUUCACAGGAGCAAGAAGAGCAGUCCGGUUACCAAAACAAGAGAUUGAAAUAUGAGUAUAUAAUGAAGAUUAUUAUGAACUGACCUUCAGAGAAAAAAAAAACAUGACUGUUUUUUAGCAGUUUUGUUGAUCAUGCAGCAUUAACAACACCCACACUAACAUUUCACAAUCAACUGUAGACAAGGAAUUGAUAAAAAACGUGAAUUUAAGUGAACCGAAAAAACAAAACAAAAAAAAUUUUUGUGGAGAAUGAUUUGUGGAGAAAGAAUUCAAGCAUUUCCCAGGUAAACAUUUUUGGCUGAUUGGAACAAAAAAAAAACAUACAAAAACGUCACCCCCCCCACAAAAUUAAACUUAAAAAAAAAAAAAAAAAAAA